AGAAAUGUCAAAUUAUACAACAGCCAAAAAAGUCCAAUCGUGAGCAGCAGAAAUCUUUGCGCUUAUUAUUACGUGAAAAAUAGCAAAAUAUCAACGUUCCAGUGGGACUCGAUUGAUUCCAUUCAGUAACAAGCGUGUUGCAGCAUUCCCGUACGGUAGCAUCCGUUCGCUAAACGUACUGCGAAGGCCAAUUUUAGCGGGCAGCAUCCAUUUUGAUAACACAACCUCGCGCUAGCAUGUUUACAGUAAACACACAUCAGCACCAAAUACUGUUCCAUCUGUCUCAAAUUACGCCACGACAUAGUAAUAUUGCGUUCAAGAAGCAGCAUAGACAUCACCAGGCACAACAACAGCAGCAGCAGCAGCAAGGAAAGGAAGCAGUAUCUCAGCUAGCGCAGCAGGAUUUUGUUCCACGCUUGAAGCAAUCGCUCGUCCAGUUUUAUACCGAUGCGUUCCGAAGUUCGGUGGAACCGGCUGCAGCGGGAGCGGCGACGGCGCAAGUGCCAGCGGAGGAGCUGUACCGGCUGAAAUUACCCCGCCGACUGGAGCGAAACCUGCUGAAACACUUCAGCCAGGUGGAACUGCUGGGCAGUAUAAAGGAAAGCACGCCUUGGAGUUUGAACGUUACGCCUAAGGUGAAAAAGGGAAAGCAUGAUGCAAUCGGCGAGCGUGUAUCUUUCAGCGGCGAAUCUGUGCAGAAAAUCGUCCGAAGCCUUCUGUCGCAGCAUACGAGCUGGAACGUUGUGCAGCAGCGCGGCUUCAAGACGGUUCGUUCCAUAAAUGCCGAAUUGAAACGCAAUCCGGCCCUCUACACGCGAAUGAAGGAUGCAUUGGGAAAUCCCACACCGCCAAUCUCGCACAAGUACGACCCGGUGGCAUACUCCGCACAAACGAUCAGCCCUACUGCACAUGGCGAACCGCUGAACAAGCUGCUGACCGACGAUCCGAUGCUGUCGGACGAGCAGCGACAGCGGCUAAAGAUUGCUUUCGCCGAGGGCUACCUCACCGCGUCCCAUCCGGACCAGCAAAACCGGUCGGGCAAGGCGAUGAAGUAUUUGAAAUUCUUCCAGCAGCUGCUGAUUAUUGUCGUGUUUAUCGGCAUUUUCAUUAGCAUGUUUGCGUCGCCAAACGGUUCCGUGUUUAGAAUACAAAUCGGCAAUCAGGUGGAAGUGGAUCCGGAGGACAUUACCGUGACGUUCGAGGAUGUGAAGGGCUGUGACGAAGCCAAGCAGGAACUGAAGGAGGUGGUUGAAUUCCUUAAGAACCCGGGCAAGUUCAGCAAUCUCGGCGGUAAACUGCCCAAGGGUGUGCUGUUGGUUGGUCCCCCGGGAACGGGCAAGACGCUGCUUGCCCGUGCCGUUGCCGGGGAGGCAGGUGUGCCAUUCUUCCAUGCCGCUGGACCUGAGUUUGAUGAAGUGUUGGUAGGCCAGGGAGCUCGCCGUGUUCGCGAUCUGUUCAAGGCCGCUAAGGAACGUGCACCAUGUGUAAUAUUCAUCGAUGAAAUCGAUUCCGUCGGUGCGAAGCGCACCAACUCGGUGCUGCACCCGUAUGCGAACCAAACGAUCAACCAACUGCUGUCCGAGAUGGAUGGAUUCCAGCAGAACGAGGGUGUGAUCGUGCUGGGUGCGACGAAUCGCCGCGACGACCUAGAUCAGGCACUGCUGCGUCCGGGCCGUUUCGAUGUGGAAGUAGUUGUUCCGACGCCUGAUUUCACCGGACGGAAGGAAAUUCUCACGUACUAUCUGGGGAAGAUUCUUAGCCGUGAAAUUAACAUCGAUCAGCUUGCGCGGGGGACGACCGGGUUCACCGGGGCCGAUAUUGAGAAUAUGGUUAAUCAGGCAGCUUUACGCGCGGCAAUCGAUGGUGCGGAAACGGUGACGAUGAAGCAUUUGGAGAAUGCGCGCGACAAGGUACUUAUGGGACCGGAGCGGAAGUCCCGUCUGCCAGACGAGGAAGCUAACAAAAUUACCGCUUACCACGAAGGUGGACACGCCAUAGUUGCUUACUAUACGAAGGAAUCCCAUCCGCUGCACAAAGUAACAAUCAUGCCACGCGGUCCAUCCCUCGGGCAUACUGCUUACAUACCGGAAAAAGAGCGCUAUCACGUAACCAAGCAACAGCUGCUGGCCAUGAUGGACACUAUGAUGGGUGGUCGGGCAGCGGAGGAACUGAUCUUCGGAGCAGAUAAAAUCACAUCCGGAGCUAGCAGUGACCUGAAGCAAGCCACCUCGAUUGCGGCCCACAUGGUCAAGGAGUGGGGUAUGUCGGAGCGGGUCGGUUUGCGCACGAUCGAGGGCCCGAAAGGCUUCGGACAGAACGAGGUCCUGUCGCCGUCGACGAUCGAAAGCGUCGACAACGAAAUCAAGAAGCUGCUGAACGAAAGCUACGAACGCGCGAAGACGAUCCUGAAGCAACACGCCAAGGAGCACAAGGCGCUGGCGGAAGCGCUGCUCAAGUACGAAACGUUGGACGCUGAGGACAUCAAGGCGAUCAUGGGCGGGGAAAAGCUGGCUGCAGAAGAAAACUAAUGACUAACGGUGGCCAUGAGCGUUGGAUCAUCGUGUGGGCGCACUAAGUACGGUGUGCUGAUGGAGGUGCACGCACGCACGCGUCCACGGACAUGCUUAGCGGACACUGUGUUCUACUGAUGAGAGGAAUGUGUGUAUGUGUGGGUGUGUGUUUGGAGUACAAAUAGAAUUCAUCCCAUUCUGCGUGCUGGGGUUGUACGUCUGAAUACGCACGUAAACGAUCUUACGCAGAGUUAGGCAUGCAGUGUUUAAGCAUAUUUCACUAAACCCAGUAUGUUUGUCCAGCUGGGAUUAAAACCCGGUCACCCCGUUCUACUUUUGCCCUACCCGACCAGUUACACAUAUACUCUAGAUGAUAGGUCUGGGCUGACUGGCCAACACAAGAUCAACAACAGAAGAAGAAAAAAACCACAAGAAACCAAGAUCUAAAACGAAAACAUGAUAAAUCACAAGCUAUCGAUCGAACGUGAGGUUAUAAACGUUUAAUUAUAGAGAAGAACUAUAUACAAGCGUGUAUAUAAUAUAUACAUAUGCAAAGCUUAGGCUGCACGCUUAAUCAGAAAUAUUCGAAGAAGGGUCCCAAUGGAAACGGAAACGUAAAACAAAUCCAACCGAAUGUUACAGCGGACUGCUGAGCGCAUGAAGGGCACGGCGCGUUUAUGCAUUGCUUUAGGAAUGAAAAUAAAGUACUGUUAUCAAUAUUAAGAAA